GCCCUGGUUCAGCUCGUACGGACUCUCGCGAGGGUUGAGGCCGCGGGGUCGACCCGGGCGGCUGCAAUAUGGCGGAGGCGGAAGGGGAGAGCCUGGAGUCUUGGCUGAAUAAAGCUACCAAUCCUUCCAACCGCCAAGAGGACUGGGAAUACAUAAUUGGCUUCUGUGAUCAAAUCAACAAAGAGCUUGAAGGGCCCCAGAUUGCCGUCCGACUACUAGCCCACAAGAUCCAGUCUCCACAGGAAUGGGAAGCAGUACAGGCCCUGACGGUAUUGGAGGCGUGUAUGAAGAACUGUGGGAGGAGAUUUCAUAACGAAGUGGGAAAGUUCCGGUUUUUAAAUGAGUUAAUCAAAGUCGUCUCUCCAAAGUACCUGGGGGACAGAGUGUCUGAGAAAGUGAAGACCAAGGUCAUUGAGUUGCUUUACAGCUGGACAAUGGCCCUGCCAGAAGAAGCAAAAAUCAAAGAUGCCUACCAUAUGUUGAAGAGACAAGGCAUUGUGCAGUCUGACCCACCAAUCCCCAUGGACAGGACGCUGAUCCCUUCUCCACCACCUCGUCCCAAAAACCCUGUUUUUGAUGAUGAGGAGAAAUCUAAGCUUUUAGCCAAACUGCUGAAAAGCAAAAACCCAGAUGACCUGCAAGAGGCAAAUAAGCUCAUCAAGUCCAUGGUGAAGGAAGAUGAGGCUCGCAUCCAAAAGGUGACCAAGCGCCUGCAUACACUGGAGGAGGUCCACAACAGCGUGAAGCUGCUCCAUGAGAUGCUGCUUCACUAUAGCCAGGAGCACUCAUCAGAGGCAGACCGAGAGCUCAUGAAGGAGUUGUUUGAUCGGUGUGAGAAUAAGAGACGGACAUUAUUUAAAUUAGCCAGCGAGACGGAGGACAAUGACAAUAGUUUGGGGGACAUCCUGCAGGCCAGUGACAACCUCUCCCGGGUCAUCAACUCUUAUAAAACAAUUAUUGAAGGGCAGGUCAUCAAUGGUGAGGUGACCACCUCAACCAUGCCUGACUCUGAAGGAAACAGCCAAGGCACUCUCAUCGAUCUUGCUGAGUUGGAGACACCUAACAACUCAUCCCCAAUGUUGGCCCCCGCACCUGCCCCGCUCCCCUCAGGCAUCCCUGUCCUCCCUCCACCCCCUCAGACCUCUGGACCUUCACGCAGUCGCUCAUCCAGCCAGGCUGAAGCUCCCACAGGGCCCAGCAGCACAAGCAAUGCCCUUUCCUUGCUGGAUGAGGAGCUGCUUUGCUUGGGCCUUACCGACCCAGCCUCUACUGCUCCCCCCAAAGAAUCAGCUGGAAACAGCCAGUGGCACAUGUUCCAGAAUGAACAGUCCAACCUGGACUUCUUCUGCCCCAGGCCAGGGCCUGCUGUCUGCAGCUCCUCAGAUGGGACCCUGCUCCCAUCCUCAGCCCCUGCCUCAAGUACCUCCCAAGCUUCACUGCCACGUCCCUUCCCAGCUCCCAUGGUCCCUUCCAGUGUACCUGCCCCCAGUGCAGCCUCCUUCAUGUUCUCUUCUGGACUCACCCCAGCUUUGACUCCAAAGGCUGAACCUGUGGCCCCAGAAAGCCAUGGCUCAGCACUGGGUGACAGCACCCUACACCACCUGGAUGCCCUUGAUCAGCUUCUGGAAGAGGCCAAAGUGACUUCAGGCUUAGUGAAACCUGUCUCCUCUUGCUUUUCGCCCGGAACCACCACCUCCCCACUGCUCCCCACUUCCACCCCAGCCAAGCCUCUUCUGACCUUCUCCACUGGGCCCGGCAGCCCUCUCUUCCAGCCACCAGCCUUCCAGUCCCAGGGCAGCCCCAUGAAAGGGCCUGAGCUCUCCCUGACCAGUGUCCAUGUGCCCCUGGAAUCAAUCAAGCCUAGCAGUGCCCUUCCUGUGACAGCCUAUGAUAAAAAUGGCUUCCGCAUCCUCUUCCACUUUGCCAAGGAGUGCCCACCUGGACGGCCUGAUGUGCUGGUGGUGGUGGUGUCCAUGCUGAAUACAGCUCCCUUGCCUGUCAAGAGCAUUGUGUUGCAGGCUGCAGUGCCCAAGUCAAUGAAAGUGAAGUUGCAACCACCUUCUGGGACAGAACUCUCUCCAUUUAGUCCCAUCCAGCCACCUGCAGCCAUCACCCAGGUCAUGCUGCUAGCCAAUCCAAUGAAGGAGAAGGUGCGGCUUCGGUAUAGGCUGACCUUCGCCCUGGGGGAGCAGCUCAGCACAGAGGUGGGCGAGGUGGACCAGUUCCCUCCUGUGGAGCAGUGGGGGAGCCUAUGACCUCAGAGGACGCUGUGAUCUCUACUUUGAAGCCAGGCAGGCUGCUUUGAGACGGAGAGGGCUCCAGUCCACUUAUUGACGGCAAUGCUUGUAGCUUUGACAUGGAACAGGGGCGUUUCUACUGGGAGCCAAGCUGCAGCUGUGAUAAUCUCUCCUCCUUGGGCCCCUAAAAGGACCUGUUUCUAUCUACCUGUGUGACUUGAAGUGGCCAUAUACUGUCAGGGGUGGGGAGUGGCCCCUGGCUUUACUGCUAUUCUGGGAACAUGGGCUCCAGGCAUGGAGUAGGUUUUUCCUUUCUACUGGCAUUUCCUGGUGCCCAGGGGUGGGCUUGAAAGAGAGGUUUCUGGGCCACCUCAAGAACUAGAGGCAUGGUGUGAGAGGCUGCUGCCUCUAUUGCUUCCCCUGCCAUUAGGCUCUGCUGCCACCCUCAAUGAGGUGGGCAAGGCCAGUGGCCCAAUGAGGAGCUGGAACACUCCAGGUUCUCCACCCUGUCCUUUGUAAGCAGCGGCAACCUGCAGUGGCCCCUGAAUGAGUUUUAUGCUCAUCCCUGGCAGUGGCAGACUGUCCUAUGAACAUCUCAGCAGGACAUGGAACCCAGCCUAGCAGAAACAGAACUUGGCCUCAUCACAGCCUCAACUAGGGAUAGGAAGGAAAAUGGAAGAGAACCAGCUUCCCCUUCAAAAGCAGGUACUGGAGCUUUCUGGGAAGAGUAAAUCUCCUGCCAUACAGACAGGCCAUCCUACUCACUACCUCUUGCUUGGCAUGAAAUAAACUGCUAUCCUUCCCUUAGAAUCUCUGAAGGGGAGGACAAUUCGUCCCAACCCCCUGCGUCAUCCUGCUUUGGCCUUCCCCUCUUCCUACCAGAUGGCGUGUGGUGUGGCACUCAUGGGUGGACCCAAGAGGCCUCAGGGUCAGGCAUAUUGCACUAGAUUUAUGUCCUGUGUGUGGUACAGAAGCCCCAAUGUUCCCCAGCUAUGAAGGGGUACUGUCAGCAAAAUGUUGGGUCUGGAGGUGAUGAGAUGAGAGCCAUGCUUGAACCAAGUCACCAGACCCUAUUGCUUCAACAGUGCUCAGUCCCAACUGUUCCUGGGCCAGGGACACUAAGCCUCACAAGGCAACAGGAAACUGCCACCAGUUGCCACAGAAGCUGGGAAAGGUCAAACAGCUCAGUUGGACAGGCUCAGCUAUCCAGCAUCUGUGGGGAAUGGAAGGUGGCACGAACUGCAUCCCCUGGUCCCUCUGCCCCCACCAGGCUUCCUUGCUAUAUAUCCAGAGGUCAUCUCACCUGUCCGUCCCCUGACUGUAGCAAGCAGGUUCCACUGCUUCAUCAGGACAGGUCAAAGUGAAUUCUUUUCAUAACUUAAGGAAUAAAUCCAAGAGCUUUUCAGAGACUGGCUGCUAUAGCCCUGGGAAUGUCCAUGGGAUUACUAUGUGGACAUGUACAUUUAUAAUAUGCUUUAGACAUUAUAUGAGUGCUACCAGUUACCAUUGAGGUCACUACUUCAUGGCAAAAAGCUGUACUGAAUGUACCAACUCCACUGCCCUUGUUUUGCUGCAUGUUAAAUAAAACCAUUUUCACCCUA